AUGUCAGAAACCUGGAUCCAGUUUAUCUUGCAAAAGUUUCUCGUUCGUCGCUGUCUUGCGAUCCUUCAUGCCUGGUGCUUGGCAAUAAAUGAUUACAUAAUGCAAGAUGAAUAGAUGCAAAGACUGAACACGCGAUGGAAGUUUUGAAUGCUGAAGAGUUUAUUGUACAUGAUACUAGGAAAUACCUACCUAAACCUCUGUUCCUGAUGCGUCAAGGAAGCGUCUUGCACCAGUCAGAGUUUACAGAAAUGAAUAAAAAUGUUGCGGUCCGCAUCAGGCCCCUGAAGAGCAAGGAGAAGGCGAAGGGAUCUUUCCGAAUCACUCAGCCGAUUGACAACAAGAUGAUGACCCUGCAAGAACCGGACGCUGGCAAGAACGACCACCUACGACAGAACAGGAACAAAGAUAAGCAGUUCAUGUUCGACAGACUCUUCGGUGAAGAGUCCACUCAGAAGGAAGUAUACGAAGAGACGACGAAGCCCCUCGUCGAGGACGUCCUGAAGGGCUUCAACGCCACCGUCUUCGCCUACGGCGCCACGGGUGCCGGGAAGACCUUUACUAUGGUUGGCACCCCCGAACAACCUGGGAUUAUGGUCCGCGCCCUGAAUGACCUCUUCCAUACCAUGGAGACUAAUGAGGACAGACAAGUGAAGACGAAGAUCUCCAUGUCCUACCUGGAGAUAUACAACGAGAACAUCAAAGACCUCCUGGAACCCGGAGGUCACCUCGAACUGAGAGAAGACGCCAAGACCGGGGUCAUUCAAGUUGCUGGGCUCUCUGAAACCUCCACGACUUCCACCAAGGAGGUAAUGCGUCUCCUCACCAAAGGGAACAAGGAGAGAACCUGUGAGCCGACAGCCGCCAAUAAGACCUCCUCUCGUAGUCAUGCCCUGCUACAGGUGAAUGUGAGGCAGUCGUUGACCAAAGGAGACGGGGAGGAGGUCAAAAACGGUCGUCUCUUCAUGGUCGAUUUAGCUGGCUCCGAAAGAGCGAAGCAGACGCAGAAUAAAGGCAAACGCCUGCAAGAAGGUGCCCACAUCAAUAGGUCGCUCUUGGCUCUCGGUAACUGCAUCAAUGCCCUAGCUGAGGGCAGGGCAAAAUACGUCAAUUACAGAGACUCCAAAUUAACCAGGCUACUAAAAGACGCUCUCUCCGGGAACUGCCGAACUGUGAUGAUAGCCCACGUGUCCCCCUGUCACAACCACAGGGAGGAGACCCGAAACACGCUCGUGUAUGCAGACAGGGCCAAAAAUAUCUCCAAAAAUGUGCGGAAAAACGUCCUGGACGUCUCGUACCACGUCUCGCAGUACCAGACGAUCAUCGCCGAGUUGAAGGACGAGAUAGACAGGCUGAAGGGGAAGAUCGAGACCGGUGCGGUGGCGGCGGAGGACGACGACGACGAGGACGACGGGACGAAGGAAGAAGAGCGUCAGGCUAAUAACGAGAGACUUCGGAAACUGAAGUCGGAUCUCAUCGACCACUUCAGGGAGCAGAUGAACUUGAGGAACAAACUGAUGGACAUCGACAGCAACAUCCUGGCCCUGUCGAUGGAGUUCGAGAGGCAGAACCUGGUGGUCACCGAGUGGGAGACGGAGAAGGCCCGUCGGAUCAAACGCAAAUCGGAGCAGGAGAAAGGACCCCAGGGCGAGCAGAUCAUCGACAUGGAUCCUGAGAAGGAAAAGGAGGAGGAGAGCGAAGACGAGGAGCCCGAAGAGGUCACGCAGGCGUGGGAAGACCUCAUGUACCUGCAGAAGGAACAGCAGAGAUACACUGACAUGAGGGACAAGGUCGAGCAGGAGCUGCUGGAGGUGAAGGAGAAAGCUCAAGACAUGGAAGAGCUGUUGUCCAAUCGCAAAAGGUGCCGGAAGCGACUGAGGCGAUGCCGCAGGGUCGUGCGAAGGUGCAAGGAGGCCUUGCCAGCGACAAUCACCACCGAUGAGCAGAAAGAACUUCUGGCCCUGUUGUGCAAGGUGCACGAGCUAGAGAUCCAGAAGGUGGAGAUGCAGAGCGAAGCCCUCCUGAAGGAGCACGAGCUGAGGCGCCGAGACCUCCUCCUCCUCCGGUACGACAGACAGAGGAACCUCUCCGACGAAAUCAUCACCAGGCAGCGGCAGAUGAUCGAAGCUAUGCAAGGAGGCUCAGUAGGUAAGCCAACACGAAAGUCUUUGUUUGGGUGA